UUAGUAUUCUAAGUGUCUUGCUGCAAUGAUGAAUGAUGAUGUUAACAGCUAUGUUAACCAGUGUUUAAAUAUCGAUUUGUCUAUUUUUCCCAUAGCAAAACUUUUAAUUUACCUUUAUAACUUAAAAUGCAAGAAUUAGAAAAGUAUCGCAAAGAUUCACGUUAUAAAAAAUAUGUACAGCAGGUAGAGAGAAUACUACAAUCCUUUGAUAGGGAGGUCAAUGAAUGGGCCGAUUUCAUAGCUUUCUUGGGAAAGCUUUUAAAGGCAUUUCAAGCUUAUCCCCAAUUUCCCGUAAUACCUAAAAAGUUAAUUGUCGGUAAAAGACUAGCACAAUCAUUAAAUCCAGCAUUACCACCUGGUGUGCAUCAAAAAGCAUUAGAAGUUUACGGUUAUAUUUUUGAUAGUAUUGGAAUCGAACAAUUAGCAGACGAUUUACCUAUUUAUUGUCAAGGAUUAUUUCCUUUCCUUCAAUAUGCUGCCAUGAAUGUCAAACCCCAAUUAUUAGCUUUAUAUGAAAAAUUCUUUCCUUUACGAGAUCGAUUAAGACCUGUGAUGAAAGCAUUUAUAUCAGCUUUAUUACCUGGCCUAGAAGAAGAAGGAGGCGAAUUUUUUGAUAAAGUUUUAUCUCUUUUGGAUUAUCUAUCUGGAAUUGUAGAACAAUCAUAUUUUCUGCAGAGUAUGUGGCUUAUAUUGAUAACAUCACCAGCUUUACGGACUCCAGCAUUAAAUUAUUUAUCUCGACGAAUGCCAAAGAUUACAUCUAAAGAAGAUGUAGCAGUAAUGUUGGGUGAUGAUAUUGGAAUUAUGGUGCGAGCAUUUUCAGCAACUUUGGAAGACGAUCAUGUUUUAGUUCAACGAGCUAUUCUUGACUUAUUAGUUAUAAGCUUUCCUUUAAAAGUUAAAGAUUUUGGAGAAAUCAUACAACAAGAUGAUCUUACGUUAUUAAUGAAAUCUGCUUCGGCAGUUGUUUUACGGAAAGAUAUGUCUCUUAAUCGAAGGCUUUAUGCGUGGCUUUUAGGUCCCGAUGAACAUCUAGAGCAACAAAUUGAACAUUUUCAUGAAUAUGGCAAAAGUGCCAUUGUUUCUGCGUUGAGGAGCUUGUUUUUUUUGGAUACAAAUGAUUUAGCCACCGCACAACGGCCAUAUAAAAUUUUGAUAUCUUUGAUGGAUAAAUGGGAAAUUGGACAACCUAUAGUACAAGAAAUACUUAUUGACGUUUUAUGGUCACUUAAAAAUCACGUGGAUAAAUCCGAAUUCGGUGUUGAAUUACUACAAACAGCCAAUAUGUUUCUGGAAAUGAUUGAACCAUAUUUAAUUUGGAUGAAACUAUAUGGUCUUGUCCAAGAUCGAUUUUCUGCUCAGGAUGGAUUAGACACUUCGGCGUUAGAUUUGGUUGAUUUCGUACUAAAUUCUUUUCGAAUGCACGAGGAUGAGAUCGAACAAAUACAUAUGCCACUUUUUAUGAUCGCUUUACUUUGUAAACUUCAGAUGUUUGCAAUUGAAACAGAUUUCAGCAAUCGGAUUUCACAAAUAGAAUCUGCCUUACUAUUAUCGUUGGAUUUAUUACAAAAAAUUCCUAGUAAUGUUUUUAGUUAUUUUGAACCUUCAAUUAGGGAAGAAUCUCAAGAAAAUACACAAGUUUCAAGCAAAGCAUCUUCAACCAAAUCUCAGUUAACUCAUGUUGAAACGGAUUCUGUAAAUGAAGGGACUAUGCAAAUGUCACAAUCAGGAGUUGAAUUUUAUACAGGAAUGGAUGCUUUGAAAUAUAUAAAUGAUUGCUAUCUCUAUGGAAGUGAAAGAUUGAGUGAAAAUAUUGUAAAUAAGCAGUUCAACGGUAUUCGGGGACGACAUUUAAUCGAAGAAUUACUGAAUGCUGUUCAAGGAUUCUUGCACAACGUAAUCACCAAAGCUAUUCUCGUCAAAAAUGAGAACAUUACUUCCGAUCAACUGGUUGUUAUUAUGGAUCGCAGCUGUGGUCUUUUAAAAGCAAUUUCAAUGCGACUUCAUUCAUUAGAAAACACUUUCGAAGAUUAUGAAGAAUCAGUAUCGAAAUUAUUCACUGGUGAAUGGGUUUUUUCGCUAUUGAAAUGUUGUCACAUGGUCAAUAAUUUCGAAAUUAUUAAUUCUGCACUUUCGACCAUUCUGCAUAUUAUAAUUGACCUGCGACUUAUAUCUCCUAGUCUUAUUGACUCAAAACAACAAAUUCGUGUAAUUGUAGAUACUUUGUGGUCAUUUUUAGCACCUAAUAAAGCGGCUUUACACUUACGAGCUGUUCAAUUAAUUUGGUGUUUAAAAGAUUUAUCUCAAGCAAACUACGUAGAAGCUGUAAUUUCUGAGUAUCUUAUACAAAAAGAUCCUUCUGCACGGUUAUCUAACUUUGAACGAUUUGGAACUUUUUGGAGACUCUCAGAGGAUUUUAAUGAUACAGAUUUACAGUUUUCGCAGCCAAUGUUUUUGAUGCUUGAUAAUUUACGUGAUGAAAAUCCGACUAAUCGUCGUGCGGGCGAGACAUGGUUACGAUGUAAUAAGAAAUCGUACACGAGGAUCUUGGAGCCAAUUAUAAAAAUUCUCUGUGAUUCCUCAAUUACGAGACGAAAGGCUGAGAUAAUAAUUGGUGUCGAAACAUUUCAACUCCUUAAUUAUGAAAGACCAUUUAAUCAGGCUCAAGUUGAUUAUGUAUUUGAGUCAUUGUCAGCGAUUUGUCGUGUUGGUGGAGAUAGUUUUUUGAAAGCAAUACGAAGAAACAAUAUAAAGCCUGAUUUGGCAAAAUCGUGUAAUUGGCUUUUAGAGGAAGAGAAUGAAGUCGUAAAGGCAAUAACAUAUAGUGAAUUUUUUGUUAAGACUUCUUUAUUAUAUAUGGAAUCCGAAGUACCAAAUACACUAUCUUCUAUGAAUGUAUUAAAUGAAUAUAUUCAUAUGCAUGCAAUGGACUUUCUUAAUCAUUUAAUUUCAAAGCCUAAGUAUGUCGACAAUGAUUUGGUUCAUUUGGUACAUGAUGGAUUAUUGCGAAAAAUUCUGUUCUGCAUAUAUUCGAAGAAGUUAGAUUUACAAUCGAAACUUAUACAUUUGUUAUGUGUUACCAUUCCCAAUGUAGGAGCUGUUAAUGAAAGCUCCAAAAAAAAUUCUGUUUAUACUGAUGCGUCUAGCCAUGAUAAUUUAUCAUCAAAUGAGGAACCAGAUGCAAAAAAAAAUAUGAGAAGUUUCCGUACAGCAGGAUCAUCGCGUUCUUUGAUUAAGGUUCUACGUGAUGCCUUAUCGAUACAUUCCAACCGUCCUCUCAUGCAACAGUGGAUGCAUUUCAUUGUGACAUCUUUGCCCUAUUUCAGAUAUUCAUUUAAUUCUAUAUUGGUUCCACUAAUCCAAUGUAUUUGUGAACAAUUAAGUCGGUGGAAAACCGAAAUGUAUAAUCAUUAUAACAAAAGAUCAGGUGAUCUAACAAUGUCUGAAUGGGAUAUUAUUACUUUACUUAAUGGAUUUGAGAAAGUAGUUAUGUUUUGUUUAAAGGAUGGAGGCUUGGCUAAUGCAAGAGAUAGCUCUUCAACUAGCUCCAAGGCAUAUGAAUCAUCCAUUGGACUUGGUUUUGGUCUGUUUUCAUCAGAUACAAGUCAUACCGAACAAACUUCGUCAGAACAAAAGCCUCGCGAUUAUAUACUUUACUUUGUUUUUCCGGAUAUUGUUCCCAUAAUUUUAGAUAUAUGGUCUCUCUUUACGAAUGCUUACUCACCAUAUCGUCCAUCUAAAGUUGGGACUGAUCCAUUUUCGAUAACAUUAUCUAAUACGAGAGAUAGAACUCAAAGAAGAAUCAUGAAGCUUUUAGAUAAAUUACACAAAAAUGCCCAUGCAGAACUUAUUGAGGCAUUUGCAGAACUUUGGUAUAUUGAAAAUCCCAACAUUAAUUCUAGUCAAGAGAUGCUAAACAAAGGUGUUGAAAAUACCGCUAUAGAUGUAAUGAAGGCAAUUCCGGGUUUAUCUCAUCAAAAGGUCAUUACUACUUUGUUGAUUAGCGCUCGUGGGCGAGCGCAGGGUACACAAAAUUCCCGCGUAAAAAAAUCAGGAUCUAAGGCAAACAAGAUGUCCGAUAUUGUAAUCCUGCGGUUUUUAGAAGUUUACUGCGAUACUUUAGAACUUUCUCAACCUCUGAUCGAGGUCUGGCCUCAAUGUUUAGCAUAUGUUAAAGAUUAUAUUGCACAAGCUUCAUCGUACAAAUAUUUGUUUCCUGUACUUCUUAGGUUUAUUCAUAAAUUAUCGGACAAGUUAUGCUCUACAAUUUAUUUUGAAGAUAAAAAAGUUCGACGAGACAUGCAGGAUGUAUAUCAACGUAUUGUGGAUUAUUGCAUAUUGAUCUCAGGUCGUUCAUUUGACCAAGGAAUAUGGCUAAGGAGAUCAGUAGUUAUAGAUGGUGAAGAUGAAAGUGUAGAAGUUACCAAUGAAAGAGAAUCAGAACUUGGAAGUUCAUCUAAUUUGAUUUCGGAUGAUAAAAAGGUCAUUUCAAAAUCUAAGGAAGGAAUUUUAAUCGAUCAAGUAAACCAUUACCUUGCUACAGUCGUGGUUCCAAAUAUUAAACGAUUGUUAAUUGAUCAAGAUCGAAUUGUUUCUCUCUUUACGAAUAUGAUGUAUUAUAUAAUUGUUCCUGUAUUGAAAAAUCGUUCUGGUACUGGCAUAUCAAAUGUCAUAUUAAAUAUGAUUUGUGAAAUGUCUAAAUUACCUUUUGCAUACCGUGUUUGGCGUAAAGAAAUAUGGGAUGUCUUUAUUGAUAAUAGAUUCUUUAAUAUGACACCUGGAGCUGCUAAAAAAUGGCGCAUUAUAAUGCAAACAAUCAUGACUUCAGAAAAGGAAAGAUUCCCUGAAUUAUUAGGACGUUUAUCAACAUCGCCCGCUAAUGCAUUAUUUGUCAGUAAAGAUCAAGAAUCUUUAAAUCGCGCACUAAACUUGCGACGUAUUUCUUUUGUAAUCUAUUGUGGUAAAGAGAAUCAAUAUUUACCAUAUCUUCCUUCUAUACAAGAGAAAUUGGUAGAGUUAUUUAAAUUGAGCUUAUCUGAAUUAGUUCAUGCUGAGAUUUACUUGACUCUUCGAAUAUUAAUGUGUCGAAUUUCAAACCACCAUUUAUCAAAUUUUUGGCCAGUUAUUCUUACAGAACUAGUUAGGCUGUUUGGGAUGUUUCUUCAAAAAGAACCAAUUGAACAACCAUCUGAAGUUGUUAAUGUGUUUUUAGCUACAUGCAAAUUUUUGGAUUUAUUAUUUAUUUUACAAACUAAUGAUUUUCAAGUUUACGAAUGGAUGUUUAUAUCCGAUACAAUUAACAUUAUUAAUCAUGCUCUUGAAUGGUCUCCUUAUGCAUUAAUGGAUAAAUUGGCAGAUCAUUUAUCAGGUCAUCAAGAUGAUUUAUCAAAGCUUCAUUUAGAUAAUAUAGAAGUUAGAGCAGGAUCACCAUUAUUACGAACUCCUACUUUUUCAAAUGGUGAGUUUAAACGACCAAUGUUAACAUUGAAAAGUAUUACUAGUGUUAGGCAAUUAGAAUUUUUUGUAAGAAAUGUGAGCUUAUAUAAUUAUCAAUAUAUUUAUACUCUUGCAAAACCUGAUUAUCAAUAUAUUGAAAGUUUACUAGAAAAUGAUAUGAUAGAAUAUGGUAGUAUUUAUAAUAAUGUUGAAUUGGGAAGCAUUGAUGUUGGUAGUGGUGAAAUUUUCACUUAAAAAAAAAAAAAUUCUUUUAAUUCUUUUGAACAAUUUUUAAUUUUAAUAUUUACUAUAUGUAAAAUAGAACUAAUUUUUAAUAAAUGUAAUUUUAUCAAAAGAUGUUU